AUGGUUCUCCUUGAUCGCUACAUGAACAGGAACGUCUCCAACACUGAGAACCUUCCACCCACCGUCAGGGCGUUCACCAAGCGCGGAACACCCACUCUUCGCUCCAAUGUUCACUGCCGAAGAGUCAGCGCGUCUGCCUUUGCACGAACGCAGUACCUCCAGGCUCAGAAGCUCACUCAUGCCGCGAAAGUCAAAGUUCGUCGUGUUGCACGCUACAGCAUCACCGUGCCAGUCGCAACGCCGGAGCCAAAGACAUCUACACCAUCUCCUACCACCGUCCCAGUCACUCUUCCACGAGUACUUCCUCGCCAGCCCUUCCAAGAAAUUCCACUGUCGGCGCUCGCUCAAUUUGGUGCACACACCAAUGUGGAGUAUUUGCGAGAUAGCUUGCCAGAGUUUUCCUCUUCCUUUGUAUCCGGUCUCCUUGCUGUGAAGACUUCUGCAAUUACAACGCCAACGUGGCCUAAGGAGUUGGAGGUCUCGGUCAAUGCCCCUGCCGGCGCCAUUCUCCCAAGCCAUCUCCUUGCUAUUUACCGUCAACCUCCCACCAAAGAGGGAGAGAAGCCCGUGCCUCCUACGCAGGUCACCGUGCACCCCGUUCACAGCCUCAUACUCGCAGCGAAUUGCGCGCGAAUCCCAGUCCUUGAGCCUUCAGAGCCUAUCCGUUCUUCUCCUUUCAAAACAACACUUCCUGUCAAGCCUCUCGGCCUCCCGGCGCCCGAGAGCUUCCCCCUUCUGCAAAUGUACCUAUACACGAAGCGCCAGCAGAGUCUUCAAACAUCUCUUCUUCCUGUCGGCUGCGUGCUCCCACCAUCCCUACACCCCGAAGCGCAGACUUCUCCGGAGGAGCACACUCAGGCUGUCCUUGAGGCUGCGCGACACCUCGCUCAGACGUACACGGCACAUGCCCUCCUCCAAUCCAUUCACAAAGUUAUGUCACUAUGGCAAAACGUUCGCGCUCUUGGCAUUUUUGACGCUGGUGUAUGGGGAGUGAUGGAUGGGGUUUGGGAGCUCCUAUUGGAGGCGCUGUCUAUGUCUACUCGCCAGACACCACUGAAAUCGGCUUAG